AUGAGAAACAGGGCCACUACCACCUUGUCCAAAGGCAAAAUCCGCCAGUCAUGGAGCAAAUACAAUCUGUAUAACUUGAACCAGUUCCGCAGUCCGCCCACCACCAAUCGCACAUUCUUCCAGCAAAAAUGGUCUGCAAAGGCUAUCUCUCGUGCUUACCAUGGUGAACAAGUUGGCGAGGGCCAAUGGAAGCGUAUGUUCAACCAUCGCAUCCGCAGUGUCAUCCCCAUGAAUACCUCCGAUCUGGCCGCCGAUGAUGGCUCCCUCUUCUCAUCCGGUCGUGGUUCUGGACUCGAAAAGGAGGGAAAGCCUGCUUUCCAGACCCGCCCAACACCUUAUACAUCGAUGGCCUUUGCGCCCCUGGAACGCCGAUUGGAUGUUGCCAUCUUCCGCGCCUUGUUCGCCAGCAGUGCCAGACAAGCCAGACAGUUCGUCAUCCACGGAGCGGUCACCGUGAACGGACAGAAGAUGCGACACCCGAGCUACCUCCUUAACCCCGGUGACCUCUUCCAGGUUGAGCCGGAUCGCGUUCUGUUCGCCACCGGUACACCAAAGACUAAGCUUGAGCGUCGUGAGGGUCGUCUGGCUCAGCGAAAGGAACCCGAGGCUGAAGAGGAGGCUGCUAAGGCUGAGGAAGUUGAGGAAGAGCCGACAGAAACCCCCAAGGAAAGCCCCAAGGAAACCCUCAAGGCUCUUCUAUCCCAGGCCAAGACCAUCAUGUCCACCGACAAGGGCACCCUGCCCGCGAAGCGCAAGCAAGAACUCCGCGGCUUCCAGAAGGCCGUCCGCCGCGUUCUGUCCCGAUCUGCAUCCUCCACCGUUCUCACAGACAAUCUGGAAGCACAAUUUUCGCAAUUGACGCUUCUCCUUAACGCCAAGCGCAGCGAAAAGAAGGAACCCGAGGAUAACAAGAAUGACAAACAACCCAGCGAGGAAGAUGCUCCCCCAACGGACGCGGCCGCAGAGGCUGCCGCCAGCGACAAGCUUUCCGAGGCCUUCGAGCAAGCCACGCUCGGAGAAGAAGUGGACGCUUCCGAGCUCAGCGACGAAGAGUUCGACACUCUCAAACGUGCUCUGACUCAAAUGCGCGACAACCCCAUCGAUAACACCAAGCCCUACGCUACUCCCUGGCGGCCACGUGAUUACAUGUCUGCUUUCGCCUUCAUCCCCCGCUACCUCGAAGUCAACCAGAACAUCUGUGCGGCCGUUUAUCUGCGUCAUCCUGUGGCACGCCCAGGCUCUGCCGAGGUGCCCACUCCCUUCGGCGAGUCGAUUGCGACCCCAGCUUACGGCUGGUACCUGAGGAGACGGUGGUAG